AUGGCACAUAACGAUCCAGCAGCUGGUUUGGGGGUCCAAGAUGAAGAGUACGAGACCGAAGACUCCGGAUUCUACGAAGACAUCUCUCUCCUGACCGAAUCCGUCCGCUCGUCCAUCUACGCGUACCGCUACGAAAACGGCCGCCGCUAUCACGCCUACAAGGAAGGCGCGUAUUACAUGCCCAACGACGAGCCGGAACAAGAGCGCCUGAACUUGCAGCACCACGCGGGACAUCUGGCGCUGGGGAAACGCGACUUUCUGGCGCCGCUGGCCGAUCCGCGCAAGGUCCUUGAUCUGGGGACUGGCACGGGCAUCUGGGCCAUCGACAUGGGCGACCGGUUCCCUGGCGCGGAGAUCCUCGGCGUUGAUUUGUCUCCGAUCCAACCCAAUGCCGUGCCGCCGAAUGUCAAGUUCGAGGUCGAUGAUGUCGAGGAUAAUUGGACGUUUCGGGAGGAUUGGUUCGACUUGAUCUUCUCCAAGGAUAUGUUGGCGGGGAGUAUUGCCGAUUUUCGGAAGUAUUUUGAACAGGCAUAUAAGCACUGCAGACCAGGCGGCUACUUUGAGCUCCACGAACUCAACACAAACAUCCACAGCGACCACUAUACCAUCCCGGAAGACAGCAGUAUCAAGCAGUGGGGCGCGCUCAUGAGGCAGGGCAUCCAGGUCAUGGGACGCCAUCUCGACCUUAACUUUGAUGAACUCGCCAACCUGCUGCGCGACGUCGGGUUUCAAGAUGUCACGGUAACGCCGUACAAACAGCCUAUCGGGCAAUGGCCAUCCGAUCCGGUCAUGAGACAGUCCGGAGCAAUCCAGCUCGUAGCCUUGCUCGAGGGCAUGGAGAGUAUGAGUCUCGCCGUGUUUUCUCGAUGCCUGCAUUGGUCCAAGCCAGAUGUCGACGCGUUGCUCGAGAAAACGAAGCGGGAAUUCACCUUGCGCAGAGCUUGCUACUAUUGGCCGGGGUGA